UUAUUCCAAAAAUCUCCUCUAAAACAUCUCUGGUUUCCCUCUCCACACAGCCUCAAGCUUAAUGUAGCUGUGGAGAAGUAAAACCACCUCUUCUCACCGUCAACUUCCUCCAUCCUAGAAAGAGAGAGAAAACAGAGAGCAUGAGUGAUUUUGUGUUGGAGUUGCUCAGUCUGAUUCUUGUAUGCCUCUCCCUAAUCUUGUUGAGUCUGUAUGGAAGAAAGCAAAAGCUACAGAAUCUUCCACCAGGAAACAUGGGUUGGCCUUUUGUUGGAGAAACCAUUGGGUACUUGAAGCCAUAUCCAGCCCACACCAUAGGCAAAUACAUGGAGCAACACAUCUCCAAGUACGGGAAGAUAUUCAAGUCCCAUUUGUUCGGGGAGGCGACGGUGGUGUCAGCAGACGCAGGGCUGAACAGAUUGAUUUUGCAAAACGAAGGGAAGCUGUUCGAGUGCAGCUACCCAAGGAGCAUCGGCGGGAUCCUGGGGAAAUGGUCGAUGCUAGUGUUGGUGGGUGAUAUGCACAGGGACAUGAGAAGCAUCUCCCUCAACUUCCUCAGCACCUCCAGGCUCAAGACCCAUCUCCUCCACCAGGUCCAGACCCACACCUCCCUCGUCCUCUCCUCCUGGGCCCACGGCUCCGUGCUCUGCGCCCAGGACCAGGCCAAGAAGUUCACCUUCAACCUCAUGGCGGAGCACAUCAUGAGCCUCGAGCCCGGGAAGCCCGAGACAGAGCGCCUCAAGAAGGAGUACAUCACCUUCAUGAAAGGGGUGGUUUCCGCUCCCCUUAAUUUCCCCGGAACGGCCUACAGGAGGGCCUUGAGGUCUCGAUCCACGAUACUCAAAUUCAUCGAGACCAAAAUGGAGGAGAGGAUCGAGAGAAGAAGCUCAAACGAACAAGAUUUACUAGGAUGGGUGCUCAAGAAUUCCAAUCUCUCCAAAGAGCAGAUUCUAGACUUGGUGUUGAGCCUGUUGUUCGCUGGUCACGAAACGACGUCGGUCGCCAUAGCUCUCGCCAUUUACUUCUUGCAGGGAUGUCCCACCGCCGUUGAGAAAUUACGGGAAGAACACUUGGAUAUUUCAAUGGCCAAGAAAGAAACAGAGGAGGGAGCAGAAUUGAGUUGGGAUGACUACAAGAAAAUGGACUUCACACAAUGCGUUAUAAGCGAGACUUUAAGGUUGGGGAACGUGGUCCGAUUUCUUCACAGAAAGGCCCUUAAAGAUGUUAGGUAUAAAGGUUAUGACAUUCCAUGUGGUUGGAAAGUGUUGCCGGUGAUAGCAGCAGUGCAUUUAGAUCCAUCACUUUUUGACCAACCUUGGCACUUUAAUCCAUGGAGAUGGCAGAGUAGGGGUGGGCGAGUUUCGAAUGAAACCAACAAUUUGAUGGCAUUUGGCGGCGGACCACGGCUGUGCGCGGGAUCGGAGCUGGCAAAGCUGGAAAUGGCAAUAUUUAUCCACCAUUUGGUUCUGAAUUUCCGCUUCACCUUAGCCGAUUCGGAUCAGGCCCUGGCCUUCCCCUUUGUGGAUUUUCCCAAAGGCCUCCCUGUGUCCGUCACGCGCCACCACAUGAAUUAAGGGUUCUAUUGGCAAAAGUGACAUCUUUUCUUGGAUUUUUUCAUCUCUUGGGGAGCCGAGCCAAGCCAAGCCAAGGAACAAAAAUGUAAAGAUUGAUUGGUUCAUGUGUUUAGCUAGCUACUAAAUGUAUACUACUUGGACGGAGAACCGCAUCUUUCUCUCACCUAUCUAUACCAGUGUAUGCACGAGGGACUUCUCUA